AUGGGUAUGCUUCCCAAGUGUGGCACUUCAACUGGACAAACUAAGUACUACUUCAAUUAUGCCUUGAAAACCUGUUCAUCAUACACAUCAAAUGGUUGCGAUACUUCCCUAAACUCUUUCAAAUCUCGUAUAGAAUGUGAGGACUUCUGUUUGAGCGCUGGCUGCAAGUCAGGAGAUGCUGUUUAUAAGGAUCCAAACACCAAUACUCCUUUCCUCUGCAACACUGCUCUACAGAAUAAUUGCCCAAGGAACUAUCAAUGUACCCUAAAUCCUUUGACCCAGGAACACGUAUGCUGUGGUUCGGACAGUAUGGGUAAGUAAUA